AACUGUAUUCAUUGAGAGUGAGACACUCGAUAAUGAACAAACACAAUGAGAAAUACAAAAAGACAGAGAUAAUAAAAUAGUUUUUGUCUUUGUGUCUUUGUGAAUUUUGUAAAUGGUUUCAAAGAAUUUUCAAUAAGGGAAUUAUUUCAGUUCCGAUCUACGUUCUCACAGUAAGUCACUCGCCAAGCAAUUUUGUGUCUUACAGAUACUUGCAAGCAGUUUGAGAAACACAUGUAAACACACACAUAGGCAUUCACAUGAACACAUACUGCUUGCUCCAAAAACCCCUAUAUGCUCUCAAAAACACACUGGUACACAUUCGCUUACACUUACACACGCUCCUAAAGUUUUACUCUCCCUCUCUCUCUCUCUUUCACUCUCACGCACACAUAUAUAAACAUACUCAUAUACAGAGACGCGCUUACUCUUACAUCUCUAUAUAUGAUCCUCCAAGUACCACCCACAUAAUACAGACACACACAAACACACAUGCACACACACACUCAUGAAUGCUGCCCCUGAUCCCAAAAUGGUAAAGCCCAAAGUAAACCUCAUUACAAGCGGAACUUCGAAAUAUUCCAAGAAGAAGCGAGAUGAGUCUGUGUACCAUUACUUGAAACGAUUGUCACACCUGCACCUCGAAGGCAAGAAUUUGACUGAAAUUGACUGUGACUUUUCUGUGUGUCCCCAAUUAUCAGUAUUGUAUCUGUAUGACAACCAUUUAACAGCAAUCCCAGACUUAUCCAGAAACAGGAACCUAUCACACCUCUACCUCCAAGACAAUCAGAUCCGGCAUAUUCCAGACCUCUCCAGUCUAAUACAACUAACAAAACUGUAUCUCAGUAAUAACUGCAUUGCAGUGAUUGAGGGUCUCAAAAACCUUCAUCAUCUCAAUGAACUUUACAUCGACAGACAGCAGCUGCCCCCUGGAGAGAAGCUCCUACUUGAUCCAAGAUCCAUCAGAGCUAUUGCUGUCUGCCUGCAAGUCCUCAACAUCUCCGGCAACAGACUGACCAGUCUCAAUGAGCUUCACCCUCUGCACCAGUUGACCUGCCUUUACGCGUCAGACAACAAGGUUUCGCAGUUCAGCGACGUCGCAGGUGCACUGAUGAACAUGGAGAAGUUGGCGACACUCGAGCUGCACGGCAACCCAAUGUGCCGCAACAAAAGGUACCGAGACAAGCUCAUCAUCAUGGUAAAGAGCUUAGAAAACCUUGAUGGCAAAGAUAUUAGUGUCACCUCCAAGACAUUCAUACAUAACUGGUCUGCUAGCAGGACUGCCUUAAGACCAAGAAGAGAGCCUACACGAGUUCUAAACCCAUACAAAGGUGACCCAGUGGAUGAUACCAAUUUCACCACUUUCCCACGAGAUUCCAAAGUCUCUGGCUACAUGAUGCCUGGGUUACCAAUGAGGAAACAUUUCAGCCAAAGUUCAGCAAAGGGAUCGAGCAAGACAUACAGUUCAUCCAUGUCCAACGCUGAUAAUAACCAGAACACCAACAACCCGUUUGUGCCAAUCAACCAAGAUUUUGAAGUACUCAGAAGAGAUUUUAGAGUAGAAACAAGAGACCAAGGGACGCAUCCGAAAACACCAUCACCUUAUCUCCGACAUCUAAAGAAAGUUUCGCAUGCUUCUAGGACGCAUCCGAAAACACCAUCACCUGGUCUCCGACAUCUAAAGAAAGUUUCGCAUGCUCCUGCCUAAUCACUCUGAUCUCAACUGCAAUGUCUGUUAAAUGGUGGUCAACCUCUCAGUAGAUCCAUUACAUCCCCACUCACCACCACCGCUGCUACUCUUGACCAUUGUCCCAUGGCUGUGAAGAAUGAUUUAAUGUCAGAUAUGCAAUAAAUAAGGGGAACCAAAAGCAG